AUGAUAUUUAUUCGUGUGACUGGUCGUGUGUGUAUCCGGAGGUAUUCUAGCGGGGUACAGGCUGCCACGGGGAGUAAAACCCCACCAAAACUUCAUAUCAAAUGGUACUAUGCCACUGAUAUCCCCACAACAAAGCCAUCAUGGUUCGAUUACAAACAAGAGAAACAACCUGAGAAAUUCAUCCCAUUUUCAGACUUUGAUUCAAAGAGGUUGGAGAAGAGAUUCCAGCAAUUGGAGGGCCAGGGUGCACUCAGUGGAGCGGCCCACGGCACGGCCGCGGAUCGGGUGUCUAGUGCGACUAAAGAUACCAUUGUAGACCCAAUUGUAGAAGUGAAUGAAGACAAGUUAUUCCAAGUAGACCUUCAGAAAUACAUUCUAUCACCAGUAUAUUGGGAAGGCUCGCUGUAUGAGGUGAGACGAGGAACAUGGUUCAAUUCCGAUGGGUUGCCCUUGAGUAGGAAGAUCAGUGACUUGGUGGAGAAGGGAUACCAUGAGAAACGGCCGUACACUUUCAAUAGAGCAGAUGUAGGCGAUACAUUGCUGAAGUUUGGCAAGGAUGCAGUGCAAAAAUUCAAUCGUAAGGAUAGACCACGAGAAAUCACCGAGCCUCCAGUGGUGUCAACCAAUGAUUACGAUGACUUGAUGAAGUUGCAAGACGAUGAGGACAACAACGGCCAAAGUCUGAAGAUGGUAUUGUACCUGGACGCCAAGUAUGCGGCGAUUUUCCCCGACACCAUGAAUAAUCAGUUUGAAUUGGGCGUGAUAAGAAAUUUCUGUACGUCACCAGUGCUGCUUCUUCUGGUGGAAAAAAUCCAAAGAGGAUACACGAGUGAUUUGGAUGAGACCAUUUUUGAGAAAUUACCCUCCAAUCCAAUCCCAGGACUCUCUGAAAUCUUCCAAACCGAAGUGGGGCUGUACUUGACUGGUGGUGGAUCGAAAGAGGAAGCAAAAACCAAGAGCCCCAUGGUGAAAUCGACCAAUUAUUCAGAUGAGAAUGAUCAUAACGAAUCGAAACAAAAUUCGCAGAUGAAGAGUGUUUUGGAGUCUGAUUAUGACCGAGAAACCUCAGACUCAAAGGCCAACCGACAGGUGGACCAUCUCAUCUUGUGUAUCCAUGGGAUUGGACAGGUACUUGGUGGGAAGUACGAGCUGGUGGACUUUACCCACAGCAUCAAUGUCUUGCGGAACAAAAUGAAGGAGGUGUACACAUCGGAUGACUCUUACAAGAAGAUGACCAGUAACCAAUACCCUGACAAUAACACGUUACAAGUAUUACCCGUAUCAUGGCGACACAAGAUUGACUUCCAUCCAACGAAAAACUUUCAACUGUAUGAUGCCAAUGGCAACUUUAGGUUGCCGUCACUCUCGCAAAUCAACGUGGAUGGGGUCAAGUCUUUGAGAAACAUCAUGGGGGACGUUGUUUUGGAUAUUCUCCUUUACUACGAGCCCCGGUAUGUGGAGAAGGUGUUCCAUGCGGUGGUUUCCGAGUUGAACAGAGUGUACUCUCUUUACAAGGAGAGGAACCCUCAUUUCAAGGGGAAGGUACAUAUUCUUGGCCAUUCGCUUGGUUCGGCCAUAGCCUUUGAUAUAGUGGCAAACCAGCGAGAGAAGGUGGACCAGGUGAAUGAGGAAACUUCGCAAGAUCUCAAAUUCGAUGUAGAUUCACUCUUUUGUAUUGGAUCACCGGUUGGAGUGUUCAAGCUCUUAAACCAAAGAAAUAUCCGAUCUAGAGCAUCUCUUGGACCAGAUUUCGACCCAAGAGAUCCAACCAAUCUUGCCAGUUCCCCUAAAUGUGUCAACUUGUACAAUUUGUUCCAUCCAUGUGACCCCAUAGGGUACCGGAUGGAGCCGUUGGUUUCUCCACGAUUUGCCAACUUUAAGCCUGAGCCGGUUCCCUUUGCCACAAAGAGUAUCCAUUCUCAAAUUAAGGGACUAGCCAGUUUUGGUGAGGGCAUCCAACAAAAGAUCUCUAGUGCAUCGAGUUGGUUCAAAAAGGAUGAAACCAAGGCCAAACAUCAAGACCCUUGGGAUGAGAAUGCACUUGGUGAUAUUCUCACGUCAUUGGUAUCGGAACCAAAGACACAAGACGAGCCUGCCAAUGAGGUUGACAUGAGAGACAGAGAUCUUUCCACGUUGACCGAACUCAACCGAUCAGGUCGGAUUGAUUACUGCUUGCCCAUGGGGGUGUUUGACAUAUCCCUUGUUUCUGCAGUGAGUGCACAUGUGUCGUACUUUGAAGACACCAACACGGCUGGGUUCCUUUUGCGAGAGGUUUUGGCCAGUGGAGACGAUUGUGAAGACAGCAGAAAGGUUGUGGUUUACAAGAAGAAGUGA